AUGCCUAUGCAUCCCGUGACCUCAACUUUAAUGUACAGGGGAAUUUGCACUAUUCCAGAUAUCCUUUCAUAUCGGGCACCCGUAACCCUCCCCGAGGACGAAGUGGAAGAGAUCCGUGAGGCCUUCAAAGUGUUUGACCGCGAUGGGAACGGCUUCAUCUCGAAACAGGAGCUGGGCAUGGCCAUGCGCUCCCUGGGCUACAUGCCCAAUGAGGUGGAGCUGGAGGUCAUCAUUCAGAGACUGGACAUGGACGGUGAUGGUCAAGUCGAUUUUGAGGAAUUUGUUACUCUCCUCGGACCAAAAUUGACCGCGGCUGGAAUGCCUGACAAAUUCAACGGAACAGACUUUGACUCCGUGUUCUGGAAGUGCGAUAUGCAGAAACUGACUGUGGAGGAGCUGAAGAGGCUCCUGUACGACACGUUCUGCGAUCACCUGUCCAUGAAAGACAUCGAGAACAUCAUCAUGACGGAGGAAAACCACAUCGAGAACCCAGAGGAGUGUCAGGUGGAUAUCGACACCAGUCCCACGCAGCAGGUCAAGCAGACGUGCGUGAGGAAGAGUCUGAUAUGCGCCUUCGCCAUCGCCUUCAUCAUCAGCGUGAUGCUCAUCGCAGCCAACCAGGUCCUACGCAGUGGCAUGAAGUAG